UAUCAACAGAUUGUAAACGCGGCUAGGUUUCAAAAGUGAUAGUAGUUGUAGUUGUUAUGAAAAGCAAUUAUGUACCUUAUAAUCAUCGCUCUGCUUGCAAGUGUGUCCGCUUUUUCCCUUCCAAACUUGGAGGACUACUGCAAAAAUUCCUAUUGCUAUUUAAAUGUUGGGCACAGGAUGUUUACCGAUAAAAAGGCUACCAAACUCCAUAUGGACUCCUGCGAAAAUACCAAGGUACUUCAACUUAUGCCCAAUCUGCGCACCCUGGAGCUGGAGAACUGCAACAGUCCGGGACAUGGGAAUCUUUUGGAGCUGCACGACGAACACUUCGCCAAAUGGCCAAAUAUGAAGAUCCUUGUGCUGGGGGGGAACAACAUAACUAGACUAUCCAAUGAUUGCUUUAAGGGCAAUGGUAUUCAAAGGUUGCCAUGGGAUGUAGUAUGUCAAAACCUACCAGAACUUCUGCAUCUCGACCUAAGUGGCAAAGAAAACAGUUUUUCUGGCGUUCCCAAGCUAGAGAUGAUGCUACUCAAUAGGAAUCCCUUGAUAUGGAUAUCGCCUGAGUCUCUACAAUCUCUAAGUAACCUACGGCUUUUGGACAUGAGCAACUGUCGACCGCUGCCGGAUCUUUCAUUGCCCGGUGCACAUACCUUGAUCCUCGAAAACAGCGGUGUGCAGCGCCUGGACAUUUUGGGCAGCGUCCAUAAACUCCAUUUGAGUAUCCGCUUUUUGAAACACUGUUGGCUUAAGAGAAGAGCUCAGAAAUUUGUGAUUACCGACGAAUGAGCUGUUGUAUUGAGAUUUUGGAAAUUCUGACAAGCCAAGUGGAGAUCGAAGAAUGGACAGGCAGGCGGCGGGGGAAAUGUGAACUGGCAACUGGCAACUGGCCACAUGAUCGACUGUUGCACGAUCGCAUUAAUUUAUUAAUUUAAUGGCAAAAACGUUAUGGCCAGAAAUCGAGGAGGAUCAUGGAGAAGGAGGCAAUUUACCCAGGGGCGCACACACACGGGGCGUUUCUAACAAUUUUAUGCCAGAUGAGCGCCUAAGUGAUCGCGAUCGCAGCCUUGCCCCACGGGGCCCCCUUCGUCGAUUGGGGAAAGGACCUGCUUCCCAUGGCCAUCGCAGUACAGAUUCAAUACACUUGGAAAAAGUAUAAAACCCAACUUUUAA